AAUAUCUUUUUUGCCGAGGGAAAGAAAAAUAGACAGAAGAAACCAAUGAGCUUCUUCUGAAAGAACAAAAAGACUGACGGCAACGUUUAGGAACCCUAAAAUUUCAGGGAAGACGAUUACUACUCGAAUCAAAUCAAGAGAGAGCUAGCGUCAAUGGAGAAGCUCUUCUAUAAGUCCCAACGGCGGUUGGGUGCCUAUUCUAGUUCUUCAGUUCGAGAGGGAGGAAAAGACUUGAUAAGCUCAUUACCUGAACCGUUGUUAGUUCACAUACUCAGCUUUCUCACCACUGAACAUGCGGUUUGGACAAGUGUUUUGUCUUCUGGAUGGAGACAUCUCUGGAAAUGGGUUCCUCGGUUAGAACUAGACAGCUUUGAUUUCACUAAUGACAAGGUCUGUGUUGAUUUCAUCCACAAGUUUCUUGCUUUCCAAGGCAAGUCCUACUUGCGUGAGUUCAAGUUAACCAUUGACCACGAUGAAUUUGAUCGUGACAGUGAGGUUUCACUUUACGAGCCGUGUCUCGGCAGAGUGGAUAUGCGGAAGCUCGAACGUUUCCAAGUCCAGAAUCGGUUUGGACGUGGUGCCUUUGAUGACUUCCGGACACGCCUAACCCUUUCUGCGUGCGAAGCAUUGGUCUGCUUGAAGCUACAUUUCGUUAGUCUGAACGAGUUCGAGUCUCUUUCCUUGCCCUGUCUCAAGAUCAUGUUCUUGGAGGACGUUGUUCUGCCUAGCGACGCGGCUGCUGAGGCUCUGAUCUCCUCCUCUCCGGUGCUAGAAGUCUUGAAGAUAUGCCUCAGUAGAGAUGAUUUUGUGGUGGCUUUACGUGUCUGCUCACCGUCGCUUAAGAGCUUCACUCUAAAACGAGUGGAACCUAUUUAUCCUCAUGGACAUUCUGUUUUGAUUGAUGCCCCGAAACUCGAGUAUCUGAGUCUCGUGGAUUACUACCAUUUCAGAAGCUUUGAGAUAAUCAGUAAGGCUGAGUCUUUCAAGGUUGAUGUGGAUGUUGAGUUUGAGCUGCUGACUGAUUACUUGGCUGAAAAGAAGAUCGUCUACAAUCUUCUCGACAACUUUUCAGGUGUUAAAGAUAUGACCAUGUCAUGGAAAACUCUGCAGUUUAUAUAUAGUUCCCAUGAGACAAACCCACUCCCCAAAUUUCAUGGCUUGACUCGUCUGUGUGCCACUAUGCGCUUAAACGCAUCCCCUGAACUAUUGCCAGUCGUUCUUGAGAGCUGCCCCAAUCUGAAACACUUGACAUUGGAAUUGUUUUUUGAUUAUCCAAUCAGAUGGCUGUCUGAAUUCUCCACUCUGCUGCCUCGUUGUUUGGUGUCGUCUCUUGAAUCUGUUGAAAUGGAAAGCCCGGUCACCGAGGUGGCUACUGAACUGGAUUUGGCUAGAUACUUUAUGAAGAACUCCACUACACUCAAGAAGCUCGUGCUACGUUUGGAUCAGUCGAGUGGAGAACAACACAAGCCUGGUGUCUUGGAACAACUCAAGAAAUAUUCAAGGCGCUUUGGUUCGUCUCAGUUCGAAGUUCUUCCAGUGGUUCUAACUCCGAAUCCAUUGCCUCCGGGGUAUGUUUAUGUAAAAUCCGAUAGUUUCUAAAGCUGGCGUUAACAGAAACUAGUUGGCUCACCCUUUAGCUUGAGUCCCAUGGCUUCCCUUUAUGGCUUAAGUCUCCAUUUAGUUUGGUUGAAUGCUUUUGAGUCUCUUUAUUAAACUUUGUCUCAAGAUUUUGCUAGAAAAAAAUAUUUUUUCUUUCAAUAGUAAAAUUUGAUUUUAUAGUUUUGGUGAAAAACUCAAUUUUCAGUUUUUAAUAGAAAAAAUUGGUUUUAUGAUAUUAGUGGAGAAGACUUUUUCGGUUUCAAUAUAAAAUGUAAGUUCUAGAUUUUUUUGGUUUUGGAAGAAAAUUUCAAUUUUAUAAUUUUAGCAGAAAUGUAAUUUAUAAUUUUGUGAUGGAAAACAUGAUUUUGGCGGUGGCCGAAAAGUUUGUUUUUAUAAUUUUAACAAAAACUCACGAUUUUAGUGAUCUGUUUUCGUUCUA